AUGGCAGGGGACCUUGCGGUGGGAAUGGUUUAUAACUUACUGCUACCUCUGCUGCUGCUGACAGCAUCUUCGUUCCGAUACAAUGGCAUGUCGGUGGUCUAUUUCCUCUAUCUGCUGAUUCUGCCGCUGCUGCCGAACCCCAGUCUGGCCACUAUGAAAGGCAGCACGGGGCAGUUAUUGAGGACGAUCAUCUACACCAGUGUGACCUUCUUCGCUCUGCAGUGCUUCAUGCAAAUCCCCUUUGCUUACAUUCCUGUACAAGGAAGUGGUCCCUGGGAAGAUAUUAUGUACCACUUUGGCAUUGUAAGGUUCAGUUUGGUGGGAGCAGGAGAUGUGGUGCGCUAUUUAGCUCCUGAUUUUGGCCUGAUGGUCGCCUCUCUUUUCAUCCUGAGACUCUGUAAAAAACUCCUUCGUCCCGCUCCCCAAAUCAGUCUCCAUGACAAUGGCAUCACCCACCCCCACCCAGAGGACGUGGAGACCUCCGACACAGAGUCCGAGGAGGAGAGUGACUCAGAGGGCUCGUCCUUUGACAGCUCAGAGGAGACCACUGUCCCCACUCAGACGGGACCUCCGCAGUUUGUCCAGAAGUUCCUUGUGUUUGCGGCGGGACUGAGGCUGCUUCUUUCUGCCAUCAUGAACACAGCCGGGAAGGUGGUGGUGACUUUACUGCUGGGACUCGCAGGUAUCAUUCUUCCAUCGCUCACCUCCAGUCUAUAUUUCGGCACGUUCCUGGGCCUGGUUUGGUGGUGGAUCUUUAGUCGCUCCAUCAGCCUGCUCCUCUUCAGCUCUCUGUGUGUGAUGAUGGCCAUUUUCAGUGGAGGACACCUGCUGCUCCUGUACCUCUACCAACUGCCCAUGUCACAACAGCUCGUUCCACAUGACGACAUCUACGCCAGGUUGUUUGGUAUGACCGGAGUGAUCAGAACUCACCCUUCGAGGCCGUACAGUCUGGGUUUGCACGCACACAUCAGCUGGCCCGACUUCGUCAACCCUGUGGUCCUGCUCCUUAUGUACUACACCCUGGUUGCUCUGCUGCACAAAUGGGUCCACAUCACUGAAGAGGACACUGAUGAAGAUGAUGAUGAAGACUGUGAGAGUCCAGUGGAAAGCCCAGAUGUUCCCCCCAGUUUCUCUAGGGUCAUGUAUAUCACAGGAGAUAAACAGGAGCUUUUAAGCAGCACUGAUGAAGAAACCUAUCUUCCUAAUGAGCCAGCGAUUCUAAUGAGCACCUGUUCCUGGCAAGACCAAAAAAAUGAUUUGGGAUCUUUGUUGGGAGGAGCUGGAUAUACGAAUUGCUUCCCUCCUCCGGUGUAUGAAGACAAAUAUUUGGACUCAAAUGGUUAAGAAAUUGAAGAAGACCCAGGUGAGAAGGAUGAAGCUGUGCAGAGUCAGGCUGAAAGUGUGGCCCCAGCUUCAGGUCCAAGUGGACUCGUCAUCUUUGGUCAGCUGGUGCAGAAACACAGCUAUGUCUGCGCUCUGAUCAUAAUGAUGAUAUGGAGCAUCACCUACAACAACUGGCUGACCUUCGCUCUGUUGGUGUGGUCGUGUAUAAUCUGGAUGAUGCGGGACCGCAGGAGGUACGCCAUGAUGUCGGCCCCGGUGUUGGCGGUGUACGGUACGGCGCUCGUGGCUCUGGGUUUCCUCAGCGGCCUGCGCCUGAGCCGGGCCGAGCUCUACCCCGCUCUGCCGCCCGCCGUCAUCGUGGACUUCGACCUGAACAGCUACCACCCCGCGCCCUGUGUGCACCUGGGGGCCAAGGUCCUGUACAGCUUCAGUUUUUGGCUGAUGUUUCGUCAGCAGCUGAAGGAGAGAGCGGAGGCACAGAGUCUGAAGACAGAAUCCCUGGAUGAAGUCAAAGUGAUGUCAGAGGAGGAGAGUCAGCCCUCUCCACUGGUUGCCAUGAUGAUAUCGGGUGUAAAAGGGACACUGGUCAAAUACUGGAUCCUCUUCUGCUGCUCCAUGUUUUUUGUAGUCAGCUUCUCUGGAAAGGUGGUUGUCUACAAGAUCCUCUACAUUGUGCUUUUUCUCUUCUGCGUCGUCCUGUACCAGACGCGUUAUGAUGUGUGGCGCCGUGUCCUGAAGACCUUCUGGGCUGUGGUGGUGGGCUACUCCAUGGUGGUGCUGAUUGCUAUCUACAUGUACCAGUUCAGGAGUGUGUCUGCUCUGUUCAGGCAGAUCAUGGGCAUGUCGGAGGAUGGUCUGCGUGAUCUUGGUUUGGAGCGCUAUGACACGGUGGAGUUGUUUGCUCGGAUCCUGCUUCCCGCCGCUUUUCUACUGGCCUGCAUACUCCAGCUGCAUUACUUCAACGCCGAUUUCCUCGCUCUCACCGACCUGGACAAUGUACCAGUGCGCCAGGCGUCCAGUGAUGAGGAGCUCCAGAGUUCAAUUGGCGUAAUAAGAGACACCAUCAAGGAAACAAUUGCGAAGUUCAGAAAUAAACUGGCGAAGGAGCAGAUGGGAGAAGGCAAAAGCCAGGACACUCUGAACAGUGUGGGUCUCCAGACGUCUUCAGAGAAAGACUCUGGAGAGGAGCCAAGCGAGGAGGGAGAAGACAGUCCUCCUAGGAGUUCAGCUGUGGACCAGUGGGAUGUGAUUGUGGACCGGGCCAGUCUGCUGCUGUACCAGGGUUUGUCAGGACUGCGCAGGCUUCAGGAGCUCAUCUGGAGACUCAUGGAACUGCAUUGUCUCAAAAUUGUGUCCUCUGGCAUCAUCUGGGUCUCACUACAAGAGGUGUCUCUGAUGAACAUGCUCUUCCUGGUCUUGUGGGUCUUCGCCCUCCCAUUCCCAAGGUUACGACCUUUGGCCUCCAGUAUCUCCGCCGUUCACGCCUGCAUCAUGGUGGUUUGCAAGAUGUUCUAUCAGCUCAAAGUCAUUAAGCCCCUGGACUACUCAUCUAACUGUACGGCUGGCCUGCUACAGUCCAACAGUUCUUUAACGGAGGAGGAGGACAUGAGGAGUAACAUGGUGGAGCUGCUGAGGAGGUCCAUCCUGUACAUUGACCCUGUGGACCCGGUGUACUGGUGUGGGGCACUGCGGAAGUGUGAGGGCAGGAUCCUCCCCUGUCUCAGAAACCACCUGAUGAUUUUGGGGCUGCUGGUUUUUGAGGCGACCAUCUUCCGUCACCAGCUGUACUUCCGUCUCCAUAACGGCCUGAAGCUUCCUCCCUUCAGUAUCCUGUUCCAAGGAAUCACUCGGCAACACCUGGACCACAGCGUUCUGUCCUGCGUCAAAUACUUCAUCAAUUUCUUCUUCUACAAAUUUGGACUCGAGGUGAGCUUGAUCGUAGCAGUGAACGUGAUUGGUCAGAGGAUGGACUUCUACGCUCUGCUCCACUCGUGUGCUCUGCUGCUGGUGCUGUCCAGGAGGAGGAGGAAGGCCAUUGGGGAGGUGUGGCCCAAAUACUGCUGCUUCACUGCAGGCCUCAUGGUGCUACAGUACCUGCUCUGCAUUGGGAUCCCUCCUGCCCUCUGUGUUGACUACCCAUGGAGAACUGCAUAUCGACCUCUAACCUCCAAUGUGAUCAAGUGGUUUUACCUGCCAGACUUCGCCAUGAGACCCAAUCCUCUCUUUAUAUUCUACGACUAUAUGUUGCUGAUCUGCGCCUCGCUCCAGUGGCAGGUUUUUGAGGAGGAGAAUCGGGCAGCAAUCCGACUUUUGGCUGGAGAUAAUGUAGAAAUCAGCCGUAGUCUGGAUCCUAGCUCCUUCAACCAGUUCAUCCCAGUCAACAACUUCCUCCACUGCAGAUCCUACCUGGACAUGGUGAAAGUGUUUGUGUUCAGUUAUUUCUUCUGGCUGGUGUUAUGCCUCAUCUUCAUCACGGGCACCACGCGCAUUAACAUCUUCUGCCUGGGGUACUUAGUGGCCUGCUUCUACUUCAUGCUGUUUGGAGGCAGCGUCCUGAUGCAGCCUGUGCGCUAUAUACUGAGACUGUGGGACUGGCUCAUAGGAUACACCUGCUUCGUCAUCGCCAUGAAAAACCUACUCUCUCUGGGCUCCUGUGCAUACCUGGACAGUCUGCUGAAGAACGGUUGCUGGUUGAUUCAAGCCUUCAGUAUGUUCUGCACCAUUAAAGGAUACGAUGUCCCUGACCCUGAUGAUGAGUGUGAGCUCCCUGAGGGGGAGGCGGGCAUCGUGUGGGAUGCCAUAUGCUUCACAGUGCUUUUGGCCCAGAGGAGGGUCUUUCUCAGCUACUACUUCCUCUACGUGGUGUCAGACCUCAAGUCUUCCAAGAUACUGGCCUCCAGAGGUGCAGAACUGUUUGAAGCAAAGGUAAAGAAGUUGGUGGCUGCUCGUCUGGAGGUUGAGAAGAAGUCUGUGGUCACGCUCAAGAAACAAAUGGAGAAAAUCAAAUCUAAACAGAAGGGUCGACCUGCCCCAAAAGAAGAACCAGGACCAGAGGAGUCACCAGAGGGUGAUGAGGAAAAGGCAAAAAAAGAUGCAGGAAAGUGGUGGAAGCCUUGGGUUUCAAAGCCUGGAGUGGAAAACAACUGUGGGUAUCACCUGUUCGAAAGUGACAGUGAAGAAGAAGAGGAGGAGGUCACAGAGAAAAAAGAGGAAGAGCAGCCUCCCAAGAAAAAAUCUGCAUUUCAGUUGGCCUAUGAAGCAUGGGUGACCAGCUCUAAAAAUGCUCUGAAAGACCUGAAAAAAGAGAAGAAAAAGAUGAAGAAAGAGGAAAAGAAGCAAGCCAAGAAAGAGAUGCAGAAACUACAGGGUAUUGAAAGAGCCGAUUCCAGUGAGGAUGAACUUGAUGAAACCACAGUGGAUGAAGAGGCACCAGAAGAGAAAGAAAACAUCCUCCAGCGUGUCAUCAGCACUGUGAAGUUCGGCUGGGCGUUUGUUCAGUCUUUGCUGGACGAUCUGACUGAGGGACUCAACUCGUUUUGCAAAGACAACCUGGACAUCUCCAAAGUACUUCUGUUUGAGAGAGCACUGCUCAACCAACAAUUGAAGAAGGGUAAAGAAGUGAGCCAAGAGAGUGUGAAACAGUUCUACGAGAGCUGGAUGUCACGUCAGAACACCCUGUCGUCUCAAGAGGAUCUGGAUAACCCCCUGCCUCUCCCUUGCUCUCCCCCCGCUGCGCCCUCUUUACGACGGGGAUACGCCAAACUCAAGAGCCAGGCCUCCAAAGUGUCCUGGGGCAGCAGCGUUUCCAGCUGCAUGACAGAUGAGACGCUGCUGGGAUCUCGGCAGCCCACCCAGGAGGAGCUGGACGAGGUCCCGCUCCCGCCAGGUCCCAACCAGCUCAGACGGAGACUACUGAAGACUGGCAAUGUGGACUUCAGCUCGUUUGACACUGACGACCGCUCACCCAGUCUUGAAGAUGUCGGUCUUCAAGAAAAGCAUGAAGUUCUGGAUGAAGAUGAGAAAGCACUGGAAUCACCCGCAGAAGAGAAAUACCAGGUCAGAGAGGAGACAGAGGAGCGGUCCACACAUUCAGAUGCCCCUGAUCCAGUCACCUGUGAGUUUGAUCAGGAGCACGAUGAAGAGUUUAGAGAGGAAGAGGAGCACACUGAGGACGGCAGCAUCUCCCUGGGCUUCAGAGAUAGUGAUGUAGACAAAAGCCUUGAUCUCCCAGAAUCCCCCAGGCCUCUGAGUCAGGAAACCAGGAACCUCACCGCCAGUGAGUUACUGCUCAACAAUAUGUUUGAGAAUGAUGACAUUGUGGAGUCCGAUAAGUUCUUCCUGAAGUUGCCCCGCCCGCUGAAGCUGCUGUUUGCUCUGUACAAUACCAUGGUGUCUAAGUCGGAGAUGUUGUGUUACUUUGUGAUCAUCCUGAACCACAUUGUAUCAGCCUCACUAUUGUCUCUCAUCCUGCCCAUCCUCAUCUUCCUGUGGGCCAUGCUGUCUGUGCCCCGGCCCACCAAGCGCUUCUGGAUGACUGCUAUCAUCUACACUGAGCUGACUGUGGUGGUGAAGUACUUUUUCCAGUUCGGGUUCUUCCCCUGGACCACGUCUGCGUACAGAGGCAUAAACGCAGACAGGCCUUUUGCCUUACCCAAUAUCAUCGGAGUGGAGAAGAAGGACGGAUACGUGCUGUUCGACCUCAUACAGCUGCUGGCUCUCUUCUUCCACAGGUCCAUUCUCAAGUGCCAUGGUCUGUGGGACAACAAAGAAGUGGAGAUGCCAGAUUUCUUCAAAAAGAUGAAGAAGAAGGUGGACAAGAAGAAGACUCAGGGCUCAGAGAAAUCCAGCAGUAAAGAGGGCCCCCGCUGUCUCAAGUUUCUGCCCCUCAACACCUCCACCACCUCCCUGUUCUGUCGGCGCAGGAGAGGAGACGCAGACUCCGAUGAGGGGAAGCCCAAGAAGCAGAGCAGUAAAAAGAGGAAACACCAGCGAAACAAAACUCCCCUGACUCGAAAACAACGAAUCCGACAGCAGAUCCGAGAAAGGAUGCUCCAGGCCAAAGCCGCCAUCAUUGAAGUUGGGCUCCAUAUUUACUUACCCAUAAGGCAGUUCUUCUAUGACAUCAUCCACCCAGACUACAGCCCUGUGUGUGACGUGUACGCUCUCAUGUUUCUCAUCGAUGUGGUCAACUUCAUCGUCACCAUUUAUGGAUACUGGGCUUUCGGGAAAUACUCGGCGGCAGCUGACAUCACGGAGUCUCUGUCUGAAGACCAGGUUCCCGAGGCCUUCCUGGUGAUGCUGCUGAUGCAGUUUGGGACCAUGAUCGUGGACCGAGCCCUGUACCUCAAAAAGUCUCUGCUGGGAAAGUGUGUGUUCCAGGUGGUCCUCGUGUUUGGCAUUCACUUCUGGAUGUUCUUCAUUCUGCCUGGAGUAACUGAGAGGAGGUUCAACAGAAACCCGGUGGCUCAACUCUGGUACUUUGUCAAGUGCAUCUACUUUGGCCUGUCUGCCUAUCAGAUCAAGUGUGGAUAUCCAAACCGUAUCCUGGGCAACUUCCUCACUAAGCACUACAACUACCUCAACCUCUUCCUGUUCCAAGGGUUCCGCAUGGUGCCCUUUCUGACGGAGUUGCGUGCAGUGAUGGACUGGGUCUGGACAGACACCACCCUGUCCCUGUCCAGCUGGAUCUGUGUCGAGGACAUUUAUGCUAAUAUAUUUAUCCUCAAGUGUUGGAGGGAAUCUGAGAAAAAAUUUCCCCAUCCUCCUGGGCAGAAAAAGAAGAAGGUGGUGAAGUAUGGUAUGGGAGGUCUUCUGAUCUUCGUCCUCAUUGGGAUCAUCUGGUUCCCUCUGCUCUUCAUGUCUUUGGUGCAGUCUGCAGCUGGAGUUACCAACCAGCCUGUGGAUGUGUCUAUCCAGCUCAGCAUUGCAGGAUAUGAACCUUUGUUCACCAUGACUGCUCAGGAGCAGAACCUUGUGCCUUAUUCUGAGUCUGCCUUCAACCGCCUCACCAAAGUCUACGCCACACACCCCUCAGCGAUGCAGUUUAUCAUGAACUAUGAGGCAACAGAUGUGAUGGUGGCUAAGAUCAAAAGUGAUGCCAGUCUGCUGUGGAGCAUCAGUCCAGCCUCUCGAGCAGCCAUGAUCCAAGAGCUCAGUAACUCCUCCCACAUCUACAUCACGCUGAGGUGGACUCUGCUCAGGAACGCCUCCAUCUCCAUGAACCCUGAGACUGUGGGAGAGCACACAAUGAAAUAUGAAGACAUGGUUCUGAGAGAAGGAAUUGUCCAAAUGCUUAAAGGAAACAGCAGUAAGCCAGUGAUAAUUAACCAUCUGCUCCCGAAGUUUAUCCGCGGACCAAAGGGACCUGAGUCUAAAAUGGCCACCAGGAUGAAAGUUGACCUGUCAGAGCGUCCAGACCUCCACGCCCUCUCCUUCUUCAGACCUCUGUCCCUGAAGUUGCAGCAGGAGAGCGGCCCUGAUGAGCACGGGGACACAGACCAGUGGUGGGUGGUGGAGGAAUGUUCCACUGGACCCAAGCGCAGCUGCCACAACAUCCACAUCACCAUCUUCAGCGAUAAAGUCAGUCCAUCCAGCCUGGGCUUCCUAGCAGGACACGGGAUUGUGGGGCUGUACAUGUCUGUGGUCCUCGUCAUUGGGAAGUUUGUUCGUGAGUUCUUUAAUGGUAUCUCCAGGUCCAUCAUGUUUGAGGAGCUGCCGUGUGUGGACCGUGUGCUGAAGCUGUGCACCGACAUCUUUGUGGUGAGGGAGACCGGAGAGAUGGAGCUGGAGGAGACGCUCUUUGAGAAACUCAUCUUCCUCUAUAGAUCACCCGAAACCAUGAUCAAGAUGACCAGGGAGAAGAAAGACAGCUAGAAAUGUUACUCCCAAAGACUUUCA